AAAGCUAUUCCUGUGCAUCCAGGAAGGAUGGGGCAGAUUUCAUUUUACUCUGUAGUCUCCCUCAGUGCGUGCACGGAUUUAUCUGCACGUUAAGCUCUCGGCUCGGCGUCUGUAGCUCUUGUGGAUUACACUGUCUCUGUGAUCAGAAAUGAUUUUCUCGGAUAUGAACACCGUUUCUGGCUCCCCUAAAGUGCAUCUUCCUAAUGGGACCCGGUUUUACACUUUUCAAGAGUUCGCCGCACUGACUAAAGAGUUGAAUGCUUGCCGUGAACAACUUCUAGAAAAGGAAGAAGAGAUUUCAGAACUGAAAGCUGAAAGAAACAACACAAGACUGUUACUGGAACACUUGGAGUGCCUUGUGUCCCGACACGAAAGGUCACUAAGAAUGACAGUGGUCAAGCGGCAAGCCCAGUCUCCCUCUGGAGUGUCCAGUGAAGUGGAGGUUCUCAAAGCACUGAAAUCUUUGUUUGAGCACCACAAAGCCUUGGAUGAAAAGGUAAGGGAGCGACUGAGGGUUUCUUUAGAAAGAGUCUCUGCACUGGAAGAGGAACUAGCUGCAGCUAAUCAGGAGAUUGUUGCCUUGCGUGAGCAGAAUGUUCAUAUUCAAAGAAAAAUGGUAUCAAGUGAGGGGUCCACAGAGUCAGAACAUCUUGAAGGAAUGGAACCAGGCCAGAAAGUCCAUGAAAAGCGACUAUCCAAUGGCUCCAUAGAUUCAACAGAUGACACCAGCCAGAUCGUCGAGCUGCAAGAAUUGCUUGAAAAGCAAAAUUAUGAAAUGGCCCAAAUGAAAGAACGCUUAACAGCUCUUUCUUCUCGGGUGGGAGAAGUGGAGCAAGAAGCAGAGACAGCAAGAAAGGACCUCAUUAAAACAGAAGAAAUGAACACAAAAUAUCAACGGGACAUCCGAGAGUGUUAUUUACAGGCCAUGGCUCAGAAGGAAGAUAUGGAAGAAAGAAUCACAACUCUAGAGAAGCGUUACCUGAGUGCUCAGAGAGAAUCUACCUCCAUUCACGACAUGAAUGAUAAACUAGAAAAUGAGUUGGCAAACAAGGAAGCCAUCUUGCGUCAGAUGGAAGAAAAAAACAGGCAGUUACAGGAGCGUCUUGAACUGGCUGAGCAAAAGUUACAGCAGACCAUGAGAAAAGCUGAAACUUUACCUGAAGUAGAGGCCGAACUUGCUCAGAGAAUCGCAGCCCUAACAAAGGCUGAAGAGAGGCAUGGAAAUAUCGAGGAACGUAUGAGACACCUAGAGGGUCAACUUGAAGAGAAGAAUCAAGAACUCCAAAGAGCUAGACAAAGGGAGAAAAUGAAUGAAGAGCAUAAUAAAAGGUUAUCUGAUACCGUGGACAGGCUUCUGACCGAAUCCAAUGAGCGCCUGCAACUACACCUGAAGGAAAGGAUGGCUGCCUUGGAAGAGAAGAAUGUUUUGAUUCAAGAAUCAGAAACCUUCAGAAAAAAUCUUGAAGAGUCCUUACAUGAUAAGGAAAGAUUAGCAGAAGAAAUUGAGAAGCUGAGGUCUGAACUUGACCAAAUGAAAAUGAGAACUGGCUCUCUAAUUGAACCCACUAUAUCAAGAACUCAUAUAGACACCUCCGCUGAGUUGCGGUAUUCAGUUGGGUCCCUUGUAGACAGCCAGUCUGAUUACAGAACCACAAAAGUAAUACGAAGACCAAGGAGAGGCCGCAUGGGUGUGAGAAGAGAUGAGCCAAAGGUGAAAUCCCUUGGAGAUCAUGAAUGGAACAGAACUCAGCAAAUUGGAGUACUAGGCAGCCACCCAUUCGAAAGUGACACUGAGAUGUCUGAUAUUGAUGAUGAUGACAGAGAAACGAUUUUUAGCUCAAUGGAUCUUCUUUCUCCAAGUGGUCAUUCUGAUGCCCAGACUCUAGCUAUGAUGCUUCAAGAACAAUUGGAUGCAAUCAACAAAGAAAUAAGGUUAAUUCAAGAAGAGAAGGAAUCUACAGAAUUGCGUGCUGAAGAAAUUGAGAAUAGGGUGGCUAGUGUAAGCUUGGAAGGCCUGAAUUUGGCGAGGGUCCAUCCAGGUACCUCCAUCACUGCCUCUGUUACAGCUUCAUCACUGGCCAGUUCUUCUCCCCCAAGUGGACACUCAACGCCAAAGCUCACACCAAGAAGCCCUGCCCGAGAAAUGGAUCGCAUGGGAGUCAUGACCCUGCCAAGUGAUCUAAGAAAACAUCGAAGAAAGAUAGCAGUGGUGGAAGAAGAUGGACGAGAGGAUAAAGCAACAAUUAAAUGUGAAACUUCUCCUCCCCCAACACCCAGAGCCAUCAGAAUGACUCACACCUUACCUUCUUCCUACCACAAUGAAGCCCGGAGCAGUUUAUCUGCCUCUCUUGAGCCAGAAAGCCUUGGGCUUGGCAGUGCCAAUAGCAGCCAAGAUUCUCUUCACAAAGUCCCUAAGAAGAAAGGAAUCAAGUCUUCAAUUGGGCGCUUGUUUGGUAAAAAGGAGAAGGCUCGACUUGGACAGCUUCGAGGCUUCAUGGAGACAGAAGCUGCUGCACAGGAAUCCCUGGGCUUAGGCAAACUUGGAACUCAGGCCGAAAAGGACAGAAGGCUGAAGAAAAACACAUCGGGGCAUGAACUUCUUGAAGAAGCUCGUAGAAAAGGAUUACCCUUUGCCCAGUGGGAUGGACCAACAGUGGUUGCAUGGCUGGAGCUCUGGCUGGGCAUGCCUGCCUGGUACGUGGCAGCAUGCAGAGCCAACGUGAAGAGCGGUGCCAUCAUGUCAGCUUUAUCGGACACUGAAAUCCAGAGGGAGAUUGGAAUCAGCAACCCUCUGCAUCGCUUAAAGCUCAGACUAGCCAUCCAGGAGAUGGUUUCCCUCACCAGCCCUUCAGCUCCUCCCACAUCCCGUACUCCUUCAGGCAAUGUCUGGGUGACCCAUGAAGAAAUGGAAAAUCUGGCAGCUCCAGCAAAAACGAAAGAAUCUGAGGAAGGAAGCUGGGCCCAGUGUCCGGUUUUCCUACAGACCCUGGCUUAUGGAGAUAUGAACCACGAGUGGAUUGGAAAUGAAUGGCUUCCCAGCCUGGGGUUACCUCAAUACAGAAGUUACUUUAUGGAAUGCUUGGUUGAUGCAAGAAUGUUAGAUCACCUCACAAAAAAGGAUCUUCGUGUCCAUUUAAAAAUGGUGGAUAGUUUCCAUCGAACAAGUUUACAGUAUGGAAUUAUGUGCUUGAAAAGAUUGAACUAUGAUAGAAAAGAACUAGAGAGAAGACGAGAAGCAAGUCAACAUGAGAUAAAAGAUGUUUUAGUGUGGAGCAAUGAUCGAGUUAUUCGCUGGAUACAAGCGAUUGGACUUCGGGAAUAUGCAAAUAACAUUCUUGAGAGUGGAGUGCAUGGCUCACUUAUAGCCCUGGAUGAGAACUUUGACUACAGCAGCUUAGCUCUACUGCUGCAGAUUCCAACACAGAACACCCAGGCAAGGCAGAUUCUUGAACGUGAGUACAAUAACCUCUUGGCCCUGGGAACUGAGCGGCGACUGGAUGAAAGUGAUGACAAGAAUUUCAGACGUGGAUCAACCUGGCGGAGGCAAUUCCCUCCUCGUGAAGUUCAUGGAAUCAGCAUGAUGCCUGGGUCCUCAGAAACAUUACCAGCUGGAUUCAGGUUGACCACAACGUCUGGCCAGUCCAGAAAAAUGACGACGGAUGUUGCUUCAUCAAGACUGCAGAGGUUAGACAACUCCACUGUUCGCACAUACUCAUGUUGACAAGUCACUCAAAGGAGGCAGCACUGACCUGCUAUGUCAUCUUUUCAGUCUACACAACCUAAAGUGCACUACGGCCUCAGAAGACAAAGGAGAAUCCUUUGUGAAGACUGAAUCCUAAAGGAAUAUUAUAAGUAAUGGUUUACCAAACGUUAAAUAAAUGACUCUCCGGGGGGAGUUGGGUAUUGAGUUUGAUUAGUUUACUAUGAUUGUAAUAAAAUGCUUAAGUCAUCUGAUAUGAGAGCAUUAUCCACGUCAUAACUUCUGUACAUCUGAUGCUUUUAUGAGAUGGAACCACUUGUUUUUUCAUGUUGUAAUAUAAUAGGCAUUUAUGUAUUACUGUGUAUCAUUUCUUUUUAAAUGUGUAAGUCUUCUGUAAAUGGAUAUAAAUAUGAUUUUUUUAAAAAAUAAAAUAUAUGGUUCAUGGAGUCUCGAGUGCAAACAUUGAACAAUUCCAAGUACUGUUUGUAUUUUACCAUUCCACCAUUUAUACGGUUUUUGAAUUGUAACAGUCAAUGAAUAUGUUUCUUAGAAGUGUGUUUCAUGCUUCAACAUGCUUCUCCUUCAAGUCUGUCAAACCUUAAAGCUGAACACCUGCCUCUGAUCAUGUGAUUUAACCUGGAGCUCAAAAUGACCUUUAAAGGCAAUCAGGGAUGUGAUACUCUCUCUCUCUCUCUCCUUACAAAAGCACUGUGAUGGCUCAACCUGUUUCAAAAGAAAACAAAGCCAAACUGUUUACAAGAGUCAAAUGCAAUGAUUUUAACAAUUUAUAUUAAAAAAACCAUUACCUAAUCUUGUUAUCUGUGGACCAAGAUACACACACACAUACACACACACAUACACACACAC